GCUGUGGUUCUUCUCCAGGCCGCGGGGGGCAGCGCUGAGUCCGGCGGCUCUCGCGGCUCUUCACUGCGGCUCUGUGUUUGUAGAAAUGGCGAAGUUUGGCGAUUUAAAAGCCUUUCUCGAAUCUUCAUUAAAUGAAAUCUUCCGCGCGACCGUCAGUGACAUUCUGGAUUCAGUGGAACAAACUGUCGGCGAAUAUCAGCGUAAAAUUCAGCGAACUGAGUCAGAAAACGAAGAUUUGAGAAAACGACUUUGUGCAAAAGAAAAAAAGACAAAUUAUAUCAAAACAGAUGAAGACCGUGUUGUGUCUCAGCUUGACUUCUCAAGAAACACUUUUAGCCAGACUUCAUCUGCUCAGACGAGCGAAUACAGCGAUCAGAUGAAAUCACACGCCACAGCCGCUGCGCCGCUGCACUUAAACAGGAAUUGUGCAACAACACCGUAUUUAUUUGUGAAGGCUGAGCCAGACACGGAGGACGGGGGGGCUGUUGACCUGUCCAAUCCUCAGCCUUCUCCUAAACACACCAGUAAAGAAAUCAAAUCAGAGGACUGCGCCGUAUUUAAACGUCCUUUAGAGCCGGAGGUCAGCUCGAAGGAGUGUGACGUUAAAGUAACGGUAGUGACAGACAAACACCGUUCCUUCUCCGAUGAAGAGUCCAGUGCAGACGGUCUGUCUGACCAGGGGUUCUCCGGCUCGUUCCACACGAUGCUGUCUCCAGACUCCUGCGGUCAGUGUGACCGGGUCCAGUCUCACGCUGCGGUGAAGACACACGUCUGCGGUCAGUGCGGGAAGGGCUUCGACCGCGCUGAUCUGCUGAGGAACCACCGGCGCACACACACCGGAGAGAGGCCCUUCGCCUGCGGUCAGUGCGGGAAGAGCUACGGUCACCAGGGCCAGCUGCGCACACACCUGCGCACACACACCGGAGAGCGGCCCUACAGCUGCAGCGUCUGCGGCAAGCGCUUCAACGAGCACAACCAGCUCAAAGUGCACCUGCGCACGCACACCGGAGAGCGGCCGUACUCCUGCGCCGUCUGCGCAAAAACCUUCACCAACGCCGGCAACCUGCGCAGCCACGGCCGAGUGCACAGCGGAGAGAAGCCGUACGCCUGCGGUCAGUGCGGGAAGAGCUUCAGCGGCGCCGGCGACCUCAAGACGCACCUCCGCGUCCACACCGGAGAGAAGCCCUACCGCUGCCAGCUCUGCUCCAAGAGCUUCAGUCAGGCCGGGCACCUGAGCAUCCACCGCCGCAUGCACACCGGAGAGCGGCCCUACGGCUGCAGCGUCUGCGGCAAGCGCUUCACGGUGGCCAGCAGCCUGAAGCUGCACCAGCUGACCCACAGCGGAGAGAAGCGGCACACCUGCGGUCAGUGCAGCAGGAGCUUCAGCCGCGCCGGACACCUGAAGAGACACGAGCUGGUGCACAGUAAAGAGAAGCUGCACUGCUGCCCGCUCUGUGACCGCAGGUACAGUGACCAGUCGUCUCUGAAGAAACACCUGAAGCUGCACACCGAGAGCCAAGGCCACCAGUAACACCUCUGCAUUCCUCUCUGUGUCCCUCAGCGUCACGUCACACAAUAAACAUAGCAUGGUGUUAUCAUCAGCACACAUACUGAACUGGUGUUUGAUGAUGUAGAUCAGUCUUCAUUCCUGUCUGUGACUGUUAGAAUACGUUAAUUAGAAAAUGCUGUCGUCCUGUAUGAUCUGGUUAUGAUGUGAGCACAUCUUAGAUGAAAUGCAGUUUAAUUUAAGAAUCACGUACAGGAUCUUCUCUAUUGUAUUGUGAAUUUAAUGUUAUAAUAAUAAUAAUUUCAACUCUUCCUCAACUUUUCUGACAGAAUAAAACUUUUAAAGUUGG